AUGUAAACCGGCAAGGGUUUAUUCAAACCCAUUUCAAACUUCAUUCCGUAUUUUGCCAAGCUCUUCUCCCCUCUUCAACCUUCGAUCUCUGUCGCUCCCCUUGCUUGAACCGUGUACUUGAAAGGUUCCAUCAUCUCCAUCAAAGCUCUUCACAACCCCAUUCUCAGAAUUGAAACCUAGAGUGAGAAUGAAGAACAGAAAGAGGUCUCAUGCUUCUAGUGAGGAUGUCGGGGCUACUGAGGAUAGACACCGGCGGUUACAUGCUUCUAGCCGGCGCGGCGAUCAUGCUGCAACCUCUCAGGCGGUGGAGGCUUCAGCUCCAGUUGUUUCUCCGCCGUCUCCCAUGAUUGAGGUUCCUCUGGUUGAUUAUCCGCCGUCUCCCACGGUUGAGAUACCUACAGUUGUUUCUCCGCCCUCUCCCAUGGUUGAGUCAUCAGGCGAGGAGUCCUCAGGCGAGGAGUCCUCAGGCGAGGAGUCUUCCGGCGAGGAGUCAUCAGGCGAGGCCUCAUCCGGCAUGGGAGGAUCUGACGAGGAUAGUAUUCCUCCGCCUACUGUUGAUGCUGAUGUCCUGCCGCCAGAGCAGGGGGAGCAGGGGGCACAGGGUGGCGAGGAGGACCUGAUCCAGAGGUUGCCGCCGUUUCCGGGGGGGCCUGUUGAGCUAUCGCUCCUCACCCAUUAUGCUGAUCACAAGGCUCCCUGGGCGUGGCAUGCACUCCUACGCACAGACGAGCGGUAUGUGGACCGUCGACAGUUGAAGGUGGCCACAGCUGGGGGGAAGGUUUGGAACCUUGCUUGUGAUGGUGAUUCAGACAGUCACAGGCGGGUUCGAGAGUUGAUUGAGCAGACGGGUCUUCAUCAGCUACCCUAUUGCAGCUACCCGGUGACAGAUGCAGGCCUUAUUUUGGCCCUUGUGGAGCGAUGGCAUGAGGAGACUAGUAGCUUCCACAUGCCGUUCGGGGAGAUGACUAUCACCUUGGACGACGUGUCGGCUCUUCUCCAUCUCCCCAUGGGGUCGAGGUUCUAUACGCCUGGGAGGGGGGAGAGGGACGAGUGUGCAGCGCUCUGUGCUCAGUUGAUGGGAGGAUCUGUUGGUAUUUAUGAGGCUGAGUUUGAUACGAAUAGGUCCCAGACUAUUCGCUUUGGGGUCUUGCAGACCCGGUAUGAGGCUGCGUUGGCGGAGCACCGAUAUGAGGACGCUGCACGGAUUUGGCUGGUGAACCAGCUAGGCGCCACGCUCUUUGCUAGCAAGAGCGGAGGCUACCAUACGACCGUCUACUGGAUAGGGAUGUUGGAGGAUCUUGGUCGAGUGUGCGAGUACGCGUGGGGCGCGAUUGCGCUCGCUACGCUAUACGACCAGCUUAGUCGAGCGUCCAGGAGGGGGACGGCCCAGAUGGGAGGUUUUAGCUCGCUCCUGCUAGGAUGGGUCUACGAGUACCUUUUUGACCGCGUCAUUAUCCGUAGGGCGGAUCCGGAGUACUCGCAGGACCAGCCUAGGGCGCGGCGGUGGGCUAUGUCCCGGGUCGGGCAUGCAGGCCUUGAUGAGAGGCGAGUCAUGCUCGAUGAGCUGACGGUGGAUGACGUUAUAUGGACCCCAUUUGAGGACCAUAGGGCUCAUCGACCACGGGAUCCGAGGGCCAUGUAUUCUGGCUACAUCCGGUCGCCAUUUGGCCGUGUUGUUCGACGGCAUCUACCAGAGAGGGUUCUGCGCCAGUUUGGCUUCAUACAGGAUGUCCCUCGACACCCCUCUGAGAUCCAGACGUCUGGGUCCCUUGCUGAGACCGCAGAUGCUGCCUUUGCUGAGUUUGCGCCGCACCUCCGCCCUCAGGGGAUCCCCGCUACAUAUCCGGGAGAGGCUGUGGAGGAUUACAUGAGGUGGUACAGCGCUGUGUCCCAUCGGUUCAUCAUCCCUGAUGAUAGGAGGGAGGAGUUCAGUGCAGUGACUGUUAUGCGUCGGCCCGUGGACUUGUUGGAGCAGUCACUCGAGGUGCCAGAUGCUCCUGCAGAGGGCACGCAUUCCCGAUCCCUCACUGAGAGGGCGUUGGAUCUUAUUAGAUCCAAUGCCUUCAUUGGUACCCAGGGGGUAGCCUUUGCUGCUGUCCGAGGAGCUAGAGCUGCAGGAGGCAGAGGUCGUGGAGACAGAGCGCGUGGAGGCAGAGGCCGUGGAGGCAGAGCCCGUGGAGAGGGUGCUCCUGCAGAGGGUGCUCCUGCAGAGGGUGCGCGUGGAGGCAGAGGCCGUGGAGGCAGAGCCCGUGGACCUAGAGGUCGUAGAGGGGCCGGUAGGGGUCGGGGCGAGUGAUUGACUGUAUAUUUGUAUAUUUUUUUUGUAUUUUUAUAUUAUGACAUGUGACUCUUUGUAUUAGGACUCUCUUUAUAUUAAUCAUGCUUUCUAUUUUCACUCAUUA